UGGGUAUUCUUCGCGCAGAGGAGUCUCACGUCAUUCUUUCAUAUUUCUACGCCUGACAUACUUACAUAUACAUACAAGUAUGUAUGCACAUACAUAUGUAUGCGUAUAUUAAUGUGUACAAACAAACAAAUAAACAUACCAACGACCAAUAACGACAAACGACAACGACAGCAAAGCCAACAGCAACAGCAACAGCAACAGCAACGGCAACGACAAAACGAUUCGCCUGAGUACAAAUAUUUCGAAUGUAGUGAUUCAGUUCGCUGUGGCUGUGCGAAAAAAACCAUCAAAACAUUCCGCCUUCGUUGGUGUGCAUUCAAACAAAAAACACGGUGUCCUGUUAACUGGAAAAAAUAUUAAUAAAAAUAAGAGUGGUGCUUAAAAAAAUUAAAAAAAAAAAAAAUAAUCAAAAAAUAUUUAAAUAAAUUCAAGUGCAUUAAAAGUGGAUUUUGUGGCUGCUGUUCAAAGUAUCGUCGAGUGGCAGUGCAAACGCGUUAAUUUGAAUUUGUUCAUACGGCAGCUGCUUGUGAUUAUCUAUCUAUCUGCAUUCAUCAGCAGAUUCCUCAGAUUGUCAAUUGGUACAAAUUAUCGAAAUUUUCUCUUUCACUUCGGGGAAGUCAGCCAACUAGCCAGCCAGCCAGCCAGCCAUGACAUCAGUGCGCAACAAUGCAGUCUCCGCCGCUCUGCUGUUGGGAUGGGUUAUUUUUGGGUGCCUAAAUAGUUCUGUUCUAGCAGAUGUUGCCCAAAAGUCAGGUGAAAAAUCGCAAAACCAAGACAGCGUCGACGUAGACUACUACGAUGAAUCGAGCCCUGAGAACAUGAAGGCACCAGUCAAGCCCGCGCCCACACUAAUGCCAUAUUUUGAGGAGGAGAAGAAAACUGUGUACGCCAAAGAGGAUGCCGAAGUGAUUUUGAAUUGCCCAGUUAAAAAUUAUAAUGAAUCGCAACAUAUGAUAAUGUGGUUUAAAAACAACAACACCAUCACCACUGGCAGAGAAAUACUCGUCGAUGCCGCUCUUGGCUAUCACCUGGACAAGGACAUGAAUUUGGUCAUUGAUAAAGUGUCCGAAAAGACCAAAGGCGAAUAUUAUUGCACCAUUAUGCCACAGAAUGUGCGUUUGAAUAUAGUUUUGGAAAUCGGUGAGCAACCCGCAGCGGACAAUAAGCAGGCGAUGGUGAGCGCAAGCGCUCUCAGCCUGGUAUUAGCGCUCUUGGCGCAUAAAUUGAGCUUCGGAAUUGUUAGCUUACACAACAUUUUUUAGGCAUUCAAUGUAUUCAACUUAUUUACCUGAAUAUGUGUAAAGAAGUAAAAGAAAAAUAUUGUAAUUGUACUAUAGCUGAGGAUAAUUGUUUUUUUGUUUUUCGUUUUUUGAAUCCAGUACCUACGACUACUUGCAUACUUAAUAGAGGAAGACCAAAUAAAAAAAUAAAACAGGCACAUACUCGUCUACAAAUAGACAGAUAUAUGUACGUAUGUAUGUUUAUACUUAGUAUUCAAGUACAUAUGAUAGUAUAAAUUCCAGCAUACGCAUAAACUAAUAAAUACAACAGUAAUUUUAAAAUUCGUGUAUGUAUGCAAUGUGUAUGUGAAGCAACUAGAAAAAAUGUCUUCAAACAAGAUAAAUACUAUUUUAGUGUAUACAGCCCCAGAGAGAUAUUUGUUAUGUCAUUAAGAUGAAUUUCGUCGAAUCGAUGAAUUCGUACGAAUAUCUCCAAUUAAGCAAAAAUUGUUUCGGUGAGCAAGAAAAUUUCAUAUUCGACAAGUCUCAAAGACGGUAUUCGUCGAAUCGAUGAAUUUUCACAAAUAACCUCAAAUAACAUAAAAUUAGUUUUGGUGAGCAAAAUUUUAUAUUUGGUAUGUCUUAAAGACGGUGUUCGUCGAAUCAAUGAAUUUGCGCAAAAUAACUUCAAAUAACAUAAAAUUCGUUUCAGUAAGCAAAAUUAUCGAAAAAUUUCAUAUUUCAUAUUUCCCAUUUAUUAAAGACGGUGUUCGUCGAAUCGAUGAAUUUGUGCAAAAUAGCUUAAAAUAACAUAAAAUUCAUUUUGGUGAGCAAAACUCUAAGAAAAUUUCAUAUUUGGCAUUUCUUAAAGAUGGUGUUCGUCGAAUCGAUAAAUUUGUGUGAAAUAACUUCAAAUAUCAUAAAUUUCAUUUCUGUGAGCAAAACUCUAAGAAAAUUUCACAUUUGGAAUUUCUUAAAGACGCUGUACGUAGAAUCGACGAAUUUGCGCAAAAUAACUUAAAAUAACAUAAAAUUCAUUUUUUUGAGCAAAACUCUAGGAAAAUUUCAUAUUUGGCAUUUCUUAAAGAUGGUGUUCGUCGAAUCGAUAAAUUUGUGUAAAAAAACUCCAAAUAUCAUAAAUCUCAUUUCUGUGAGCAAAACUCUAGAAAAAUUUCAUAUUUAGUAGGUCUUAAAGACGGUGUUCGUCGAAUCGAUGAAUAUGCGUGAAAUAACUUCAAAUAACAUAAAAUUCAUUUCGGUGAGCGAAACUCCAGAAAAUUUCCUACUUGAUAUUUAUUAAAGACGGUGUCGUCGAAUCGAUGAGCUUUCGUGAAAAAUCUUCAAACAAAAUAAAAUUCGUACAGUGAGCAAAACUCUAGGACAAUUUCAUAUUUGUUAUGUCUUAAAGAUAGUGUUCGUCGAAUCGAUGAAUUUGCGUGAAAUAACUUCAUAAUAUAAAAUAUGUUUCGAUCAGAAAAGUACUUUAAAUAAGCACGAAUUACUUUAAUAACAUAAAAUACGUUUCGAUUAUGCAAAAUUGUCGCACUGAAAAGCUUUAAGCGCAAUGUUCAUCAAAUCUAUUAAUGUGAAUCUGUUACCAUUUUUUUUGUUGUUGUAAAAACUGUAAAGGUGUUCUCCAUGUUUCUGUGGAUCUUAAAAACACUUGAUUGACUUAAGCAGGUUUUGCUCUUGGAGAAAUAAAAUAUGAGCUUUUACGCAAUAAAAAAAAUUCUUUCCUUAAUAUGAAUUCUAAAAUGACUAGUAUUUGAAAUAUUGCAUUGGAAUCCAGAUUGGAUCAAGAGCUUGAUAAACAGAAAGAGCUAAUUUGUUUUUUGUUACAGAUCUGCAGAGUUUUGUUUUAUAUUUUUAUGCACAAACGGCAAAGUCGCAUUUACAUUUUUUUCCUUAAUUAUCCCCACAUUUGUUUUCUUAGAAAUAAAAAUUUCCCUAUCACAUUUAGAUUCUAGAAACAUUUUUUUU